UUCAAAAAUGCAAAGAGGGCAAACAGAAAGCAGGACGUACACAUAGCCCAAAUAUAGACUCACAUUUUCACACAGACACAGAAAAACAAGCCGCUUAUUCCUGGGAGGUUGCAGCUGUGCACAGACUCACCCCAACACGCUCUGGAGACAAAGAUUGAGACACCACUGCCAUCAUGCCCGGUGAGGAUAAACCCCCACAACAGACCCGCCAGAGGAAAAAGCACAAAAAGUCCCGCUCCAAGGGGAAGAGCCAGGGUGGGAGUCCGAGCGGACAACGUGCGGACAGCAUAGACAGUCAGGAUGAGCUCCUGCUACCACCUGUUCCCCCGCCUCCUCCUAAAAAGCCAGUGGUGGAGGAGAAGCCAAAAGUGUCUGUGGCCAAAGUGGAGGAGGAGUCGUCCAUUGCUAUCUGUCUCCAGGUGCUUUUUCCCUACCUGCUGGCCGGGAUGGGCAUGGUAAUGGCCGGCAUGGUGCUGGACAGCGUACAGCACUGGGAGGUGUUUAAGGUGAUAACAGAGGUCUUCAUCCUCGUGCCCGCUCUGGUUGGACUGAAAGGAAACCUGGAGAUGACCCUGGCUGCUCGCCUCUCCACUGCUGCCAACACGGGCCAAAUGGAUGACCCCGAUAAACAGUGGACGAUGGUGUGCAGCAAUCUGGCUCUUAUACAGGUUCAGGCCACAGUGGUCGGCUUCCUCGCUGCGGUGGCCGCCAUUUGUUUAGGGGCGAUUUCUCGAGGAGGCGUCGAGCUGGACCAGGCAGCUGUUCUCUGUGCCAGCAGCAUCACCACUGCCUUCGUGGCUGCUCUUUCUUUAGGCCUGGUGAUGAUCGGAGUGAUCAUCGGCUCCAGGAAGGUGGGGAUCAACCCCGACAACGUGGCCACGCCCAUCGCUGCCAGUCUGGGGGAUCUGAUCACUCUGUCCCUGCUGGCCGGGGUCAGCAGCACGCUCUAUGAAUAUAUCGAUAUCUGGUACUUGUCCCCCUUGGUGUGUUUGGUCUUCCUGGCUCUGAUCCCUCUCUGGGUGCUCGUAGCCCGUCAAAGUCCUCAGAUAAAGGAGGUGUUACGCUCAGGAUGGCAGCCUGUAAUAGUCGCCAUGUCUAUUAGCAGUUUUGGAGGCCUUAUCCUGGACAAGACAGUGAGUGAUCCCAACUUUGAGGGCAUGGCAGUCUUCACGCCCGUCAUUAACGGAGUCGGAGGGAACUUGGUGGCCAUUCAGGCGAGCAGGAUCUCCACCUAUCUACACUUCUGGAGCAUCCCUGGGGUCCUGCCCUACAAGAUGAGGCAGAAUUGGCCCAAUCCUUGCAUCACAUUCUUCUCCUCAGGGGUGAACUCCAAGUCAGCUCGGGUGCUCCUGAUGCUGGUCGUCCCCGGUCACCUCGUCUUCCUCUACGCCAUCUCUCUGCUGCAGGGAGACGAGGCGCCCAUCUCUGUCGCCUUCACCAUCUGCUACCUGUGUGCUGCUUUGUUCCAGGUGUCCAUCCUACUGUACGUUGCCGACCUCAUCAUCCGUGUGAUGUGGAGACGGAGUCUGGACCCCGAUAACUUCUCCAUCCCCUACCUGACCGCCCUGGGGGACCUGCUGGGCACCGGCUUCCUCGCCCUCUGCUUCCGCUGCGUCUCAUUGGUUCAGAGUCUGGGUCUCUGAACUCUCACCCCUUCACUACUGAUUUCUUUGCCAACGGUUUUAUCACAUAUGCCUGGAGAUGCUUUAUUGGACGAUAAAGCAUUUUCUGUGCUGUUUAUGGAGCGACAGCACAGGUGACACCUGACCAUCUACAUAUAUCCAUCUGUGUGGAGGAGUUUCUGCCUGAAACCAUCCAGCUAAUCUUCUUUUUUUGAGGACAGAGACUUUUAAACAUAAAGAGGUGUUAGUUUUUAGCCAAUCAGAGCAUCCGCUGCAGUAUAUUGAAUUCUAUUUUGAUAUCAUUCCUCUUUCUCUCUCUGCCUUUGACUUUUUCGGCUCUUUUUAUGAGUUUGCUGGCUCAGAGCUCAACUCUCUUUGGUCUCAUCAGAGGAAUAUGUAGCAAAUUAACAUCAUAGCAGAACCACUGAAUGAUUGCUCUUACUUUUGGACUUUUGCUUUAACACGUGGAUAGAAAAUACUUAAAGCAGUCCAUUUGUGGUUGGGCUGUUCUAUGCAGUAACACAGCAAGUUGUCAUGUUAAAGGGUAACUGGAAUUUUUUAUGUUCAGUAUUUGAGUUUGGGAUUAUUAUAAUUUAUUUAGAUUUAAACGAAUGGGAUAUAUUUACUGUUUCUAAGAAUCAGGUAACGUACCUGUAACUAACAGGGGAAUGUUUCAUCAUCUCAUGAAUAGACUUGAAUCCUCACUUUUCUCCAGAUUCAUACAUGUUAUAUUUUGUGUUUAUUUUAUGACAUUUUCUGCAAAUUUGUUUUGAAGGUACUGUAACAGACACAAAUGGAUCAGUACUUUGGACUGGCUGUAGAGUAGGUACAGUAAGAUAUGGAUGAGAAAGACUAUUAACCAAUGUUUACGCUUUCCUCGCAGUAUGAGGAGACUUUGAAUCAAAUAAGGCAUUAAAAUUACUUUACUGGUACUAAGGGGCAUCUAGGGAGACAGGGUAUCCACCAGAAGGCUAAAGACUUUAAAAAUAUUUGCAUCAAGAAUGGCAACAGUGCUGACACCUACUGGUGAACACAUGUGGAAAGGUUGGUCUAAAUAAUUGCACAGAUUCCUUGUGAAGCUCAGUGAAGACUGAGGCUGGCCACACACUACACAAUCUCAAAGUCUUGAAUGAUUUUAAAACAUGGAAGACCAUGGACAGGAGGACAUGGACAUUUAAAUGAUGUUUCAUGUGAUAACCCUCUGAAUGCACACAUAAAUCACUCACCAGGACCGUUAAACCACAUCUAGUGGAGAUUCCACAAUAAGGAGAUCUCACAGAAAUUUCAAAAUUGCACCAGGCCAUAUUGUGAUUUAAUCUAUUUUUUAAUUAAUUGCCCAGUCCUACAGUAAAACCAACUUGACACCACAUACUUCAGGAUUAUUUGAACAAAUAAUCAUCUACGAUGAAUCGGGAUACUUCCCCUCAAUUAGCAAAUUCGGCCUAAAGUCAGGGUUGCGAUUGUGUGGUGUGUAGCCAGCCUGCACAAGCUUAGCACAAAUAACAAAAAUAUUUACAAUUAUCUAUGUAUACAUAACAUAUUUCACAUCUUACAAAAGAAGUGAAAAAACAUGCGACUAAUUUUUGAACAAAAAAUAUAUGUCUGAAUACUUGGACUGUACUUGUUAGCAGACUUUUCACAAAAUCUGACAGUGCCAGUGUUCUAUUGACUAUUGCUAUCUGUUUAGAUAUGCUACCAUAUGGCUGCUAAGUGCAGCACAGAGAGCAUUAUAAGAGGCUGUUUUGAGAUAUACUGUCUCUUAAAUGGUAACGGUUGCAUGUUUCAAAGGGAUUUGUACUGGGAGGCUUAAUUUCCAGGGAGCUAUUUGUCCAUAGAAAUGCGCGCCCCCUAAAUGUUCAAUAUUAGAGUGCCAAAACUUUCUACCUGUGCUCUUAAAAUGCACUUGGAGUGAUUGAUUAAUAAAUAUAAAGUUAAUUUUUUUCUCCAAGGAAUUUUUAAUAGGGGGAUAAAGACAGCCUCUGCUGUCAUUUUACACCAUGGUAGCAUUUUUUGACAAGCCAGCUUAUCUCAACAGACCACUAUGGUACCAGUUUCACCUUGUUUGAAGUCUGUUUGAUAAGCUAAUUUAGCUACAUGUUGUCAAACAUCAAUGCUGGUAUAAUUCUUGUUAUCAAACUUUACAAGAAUCUGAAUGAAUCUCCAUAUUUUCUUAAACAUCAAUCUCUUUCUUUAAGAUAAAUUUAAGACUGUGUUUUUGAACAUAUUCUUUGGUAAGGCUUAAAAAUGCACAAUAAUCCUUGUGACAGGUGUUUCUUCUACCAAACUCACUAUAUUCUGAAUGUCACCAAAACACAGCAGAGUAGGGUGUAUUUUUGUCCGGUGAACAUCUACACAACUCUUAACUUGAUCUGCUUGGUCUAGCCUAAAAAGGCAACUUUCCAGAAUUUCCAAUAUGCAGAUGAUAUGUUGCUUUACGUUUCCAAUACAGAAAGCAUAUACAGUGUAUUCAACCAAGCACUUGAAAACAGUGCAUCAUAAUAAUGAUCAAUCAGAUCAUUUGCAAAAUUAUUCAAAGGUCAAACAGUUCAAAUUUGCCAAAAAGCACUGUGAUAUUGAGCUACUGUGUCUACACCCCUCACCUGUUUCUGUAUAAAUCACAAAGCUGAGAGAAAUACGUGUCAGUAUUUUCUGUGUUUUGGAGUUUGUGCUGCCAAUCAAUGUAGAGAGCAGGUUUUAAUGAAGUGAAAGUAGAGGACAGAUACUUUUGUCUUCAUUUACCAUCAUCCCAGGUUUAUGAUUUUAACUGUGCUGCUGAUGAUUUACAGUAUUACAUCACUAUGUGAUACUUAAGGCCUGAUUUAUACUUCUGCCUAGAAUCUACACUGCAGUGGCCUAUACAUACACUAUAUGGGCAAAAGUAUUUGGCUUCGUAUUCACAAAACUUCAGCAUUAAUUUAGUUUCACAUCCAUCUUGGAUAGACCAGGCUGAUGUGUGCCUUCAGGCUCUGCUUUGUGUUCUUAAAAUCAGAUCGAGAUAAACAUCAGGAAACUUGAUUUGUGGCCAGAUAUCAAUAUCCACAGACUAAGAAACAGAUAUCCCCGAUAUUAGUCCGUUUUUCUCCCUUUUCCACCGCUCCUUACAGAGACUUCCGUGUUUUGCAGCCCGGAGUUGAGCAGCUACAGAAGGGUGCCGAAAAGUAGGACGGUAAGGGCUGGUUUUUUGGGACCCUUUCCAACUUUUCAUCUAUGGAAACACAAACAAAUGCGUGCUUUUCCACACCAAACUGACCUGGACCACUUGGUGGAAACGACCUUUUACAGUUGACAGUGGAAUAUCCAAAAAUGAUGAAUAUUCACGAGCCAUUUCAUUGCAAAGGCAGCAUCAUAGUACCAUGCUUAAAGUCACUGAGCUCUUCAGAACAACCUAUUUUGUACCAGAAAUAUUUGAAAACGGAGACUGCAUGGCUAGGUGCUUGAUUUUAUACACCUGAAGGGUCUGAUUAAAGCACCUGAAUUCAGUGAAUAACAGGUGUGGCCUAGUACUUUUGUCUAUGUAGAGCACCUGUGUUUAAGUGAGCCUAUGUAGCUCCACAAUACUCUGACUGACCAUGAGUCAGCUGUGAGAUUUCUUUGCUAGUUGUAUCACCAGUUUCUGGUCCUGUCACACUCUGUGUACAGGAAACUGAAACUGAGUAUAUAUUUUUUUUUGGCGUUGAAGCUGAUAGAUAUCUAGCAGCAGUUGAUUGAUGCAACAGAAAAGAAAGUAGAUAUCAGAGGACAGGAGUAUUGUUGCACUUGUUAAGCAUGACUAAUAGUCUUGCUGUUUGCAGUCGUUUACUUUAUCCUACACUAAUAUGGCUGUGGACUGAGAGAGAGACUGGCUGAUGCUACCCAGUGGUCCAGUCACAGAGCUUGCCAUCUACAUACUUUUUAUGAAUGAAUACGUUUUUUUUAAAAGGUGUCCGUUCAGGGUUCAGUGAACCUAAUGGCGUAGAUUUGACACAUAAGUAUAAAUCAGGCUUGUCAGUCCCUUUAAUGAAGGGUUGUCAAAGCCUUAAUGUUUGUUUCAGAACCAUGAAACCUCAUCAUUACAUUCAACAAAGUCUUUCACUGGUUGAAACAGAACUUCAACUUUUAACUGUCUUUGCAUUGGCUUCUUUAGGCAAUGUAUCGUCACAGGAAAUUCUUUUUCAUUUUACAAUCAAAGUCAUGUUCAAGCAUUCUCUUCUCCCAAUAAUCCAUUUCUUUACUUCACAUGGACAGAAAAGAGUUUAAUUUUUACAAGUAAAAAAAUAUAUAUCACAGCAAAAAUCAAAGAAUUGUGGGUAGAUAGUCUAGUCUAAAGCACAGUGGCUAUCUCUCUGUCUGUGCUUCUAGUUCUGAAUAUGUAAAUGAGCAACGUCUCAACACAAUAUAACAGCAUACAAAUGUGUAAAUGUGCUCAUGAAGUCACACUACUGCUACUAGUAUGAUCUACUUUAAAAGAAACCUCAAAAACACUGAAGUAUGAGGGUUUACCAGCCUGUCCUGUCAGUAAUCAGUCUUUAAUUUGAGGUUGUUCAGUGUUAAUCGAUUUUGCUAAAAGCUUUUAUUGUGACACUGUUACACAGUACUUUUUACACUAGACGAUGAUGAAACAUUGGUAUUUGAAUCACAGUUUGUCACUCUAUCUUACUGUCUGUGAUCUGUGUGUAAACAGUGAAACUGUGAGAAGUAGACCACAGCUAAGGUUGUGUCGUACCAGCACAUCAGUGUGUCUUAAUCAGCGGGGCUGGACGAUUGAUCAAAAUGUUUUUAUUCUGGUUAACUGUCACAUUUACAAAGAUACUAAUGAAUGUAAAGAUAACCUGCUCUUUCAAAUGUGUCACUGCAUCUGUGUCAUUCACUUAGUUGACUUAUGUCUGGUUAUGAAGGUUAUUUAAAAAAGCUGUUUAAAAAAGGAAAUAUUUAUUUCAGCUUUUAAUAAUGAUGGUCAUACUUUUCAUACUAAAGAACAGUGAUACUCAUCGCAUGGCUCUUGAGCCACAUGUGGCUCUUUUAUGUCUAAAUUUGAAAUAUUAUUCCCCCAGAAAAUGUGCAAGUUACAUUCAUCAGUUUGUUUCCUAAUCUUAUACAGUUGGCUU